UUAACCAUGGAGGAGUUGAGGUUUGAGAAUAUGCCGAAGAUGCAUGCAUUGUAACUAAUAAUCCUGUAGGGUCUUCCUGAUAAUAAUGAAGAUGUUCAUAUCAUAAAGUGAAUGGGUAGUGCUGUCGUGUCACUCCAGUGUCAUUUGCGCCUUGACUGUAAACCAAUCUCCUAAAUCUUCAUUCAUUUUGCAUCAUUUUGUGUUUUUUCUUUCCUGAGCAAUUUUGCGUCAUUCUUGAUAUAUAUUAAAGUAGAACAGUUUGCGCAUUUUUGUUUGCAUGGGCAUAUAUCAUGUAUUAGUUUUCUUCCGUAUAUACACUCUAAUUUCUCAGAAACUACCCAUUGUUUAGGUCGAUCAUUUAUUAGAUUAUUAUCAUAUAUAGUGUAUCAUAAGGUUUUGCAUGCUAUAUUUUGUAACGGCUGAUCAAUAAAUGGGGAGAGGAAAAGUCGAGCUGAAGAGAAUAGAGAACCCAACAAGCAGGCAGGUGACCUUCUCAAAGAGGAGAAAUGGGCUUUUGAAGAAGUCUCUUGAGUUGUCCAUCUUAUGCGAUGCUGAAGUUGCAAUCCUAAUCUUCUCUCCCUCUGGAAAGGCUUACCAGUUUGCUAGUCAUGACAUGAACAGGACCAUUGCGAGGUAUCGCAGAGAAGUUGGAUUUCCUCUAUCAAGUGACCAACGCUCUGUAUCAAUGGAGUUUUGGAAAACGGAAAUUGAAGAGCUAAAGAGAUCAGCAAACCUAUUGGAGACAAGACUCAAGCACUUAGCUGGAGAAGAUCUAUCAAUGUUGGGCAUGAAGGAGUUAAAACAGAUAGAGCGACAGAUAAAGACGGGGGUUGAACGUAUCCGUUCUAGAAAGAGGCGCAUCAUGUCAGAGAACAUCAAGUUGCUGAAAAUGAAGCAAAAAGCCCUGCAAGAAGAAAACUCUCGUCUGCAGAAAAGGGUUAAGUUGCAUGAGCUGCAUGAUGAUAACGUAAGCUCAAGAGCUUCGGGAAAGAAUGUGUAUAAUGCAUACCAUGCAAGGGUUCUUCAGAAGUGAGUUGGCCAUUAAAGUACUGGCUAGACCUCCGGCCCACCGGUUACGUGCAAUAUCAAAGGAUCUUCAAUUAAUAUUACACCUUUAGCUCCAUAAUUUGGUGUUGACGUGUGUGUACUAUAUAUGUUUUUUUUCCCCCCAUAAAACUAGCCAGCCGAGGUCUGAAAGAAUUCAGCAGUGCAUGUGUACUAUAUAUGUAAACUUAGUUUCUUGUUGUGGAGUGUUACAUGAAUUUCUGUACGAUCGACAAGCAAUUGAAAAUUGAAUUGAACCAGAUUGCUUGAUUUCUCCAAGAAAUAUUCCAUCUUAAAGUAGAAACGUCGUCCUUACGAUCGAUCGCGAGUAGUAAAUACCG